UAUGAGAACUAACGACCCCAGAAACUAACUUCCAAAGUGCUCUGUUCUCAGUUGAUCAUCAUGGGAACGGAUUAUCAUAGUGUGAAUCAAACUGAUAGCAAAACGACUAAUCCUGAAUUCAAAGCGACCAGAUCAUGUUGUAGCUGUAAGUGCUGGUGCUUCACUUGUUGCAUAUUGUUGGUGAUUGUUAUCGGUAUCGCAGUUGGACUCUAUUUUGUGUUCGAUGGCAUUGGAUUCUUCAGCGCUAACAAGAUUAAGUUGGACAAUGAUGGUGAAUGGGACAAAAAGCUGACGAGUCCUGUUGGAAAGUCGGCACAAAUCCUUAGUCUCGAAGACAUUUCCGGCGAAUAUGAGCUGGUCAGUUUCGAUAAAGGGUUUGAAAACUUUCUCAAGGCCAUGGGCAUCCCGUUUUUUGUUCUACCAAUUAUUCUGAGUACCACAGAAACUUUACACAUUAAUGCUACUCAUGAUGGCAAAUGGUCCAUAACCAGAGAUAUGGGUUUUAUGAAGAAAACCAACGAUUUCGAAUUGGAAGAGGAAUUUGAAUUGGAAUGGGGCCGCAAGAGUGGCAUCAUGCAUAGUACUUGCUCGUUUGAAGCAAUGAACAACACGUUGAUCUGCAUAUCAGAGGAAAAAGCCAAAGGCUGGAACUUUGUGGACAAGAUGAUCUUUUCUGAGUUGGGUAUGAUCAACGACAAAUACUUCAAGGAAGAUGACAUUCGGGCCAAAAAAUAUUACCAGAGAAAGUAUCUGCCUGAGGGACAAGCUUUUGAUAGUCCGGAUAUGCCACCAAGGACCGAGCCGCCUGUGGAAGAUUCACCAUUUUCGAGUGAAGACGACGGUUGGGAUAACGACGGGUUUUUCGAUUUCGACGAACAACCCGAUACUACGGGAGUUCCAAAUAGAUAAAGGAAGUGGACGAAAAGCGUCAGAAUUGUGGACUGUAUCUAAAUCACACGAAUUGAUGAUCUUUUUUUCGGUGGGUAAUUAAGAUCACGUGAAUAAAAUCCCGUGUAUAAACACU